AUGGCCUCAAAGCUGUCUCCUCUGAUUUUCUUGGCAUUGUUCGGACUCCUGGCCGCCAACCUCGAAGGAAUGAUCGCGUGUGGCGAUUUUAAUGCUUCAUGGCGGAUGAAUAUCGGCUGCGAUAAAUGCCAACAACGGCUGCAAAACUUGCCCUGCGCCCUGCCUCCGCGCCGCAGCUGCGUGUGCGACGAUGGAUUCGGGAGGGGGAGAGACGGCAAAUGUAUUUCGAUGGCCGACUGUUUCCAAGAGGGCCUUCCGAGGCGC